AUGUUGUACAAUACUUUAUUGACACUUUUGGCUGUGACUUCCUCUUUUCAAUUGUCUACGGCAAACCCAAUAAAUCCCAGAGGAGAAGGUAUAACAGUGAAAUUCCACAUGAAGGAAAACACAGCUUUUGGAUAUUCCGACGAGCCUGAUCAGACUCUAUGGGGAAGCAGAGAUGAAACUUGGGCUAAAGUCGCUUGGACAGACGAAGAAGCUGAGAGUAUUCCAGAAGAUGAAUAUGCUUAUAAGAAUUUCACAUUGAAAUUUCUGAAGACAGCUACGACUGUCUCGCAAUAUGAUUUAAAGUGUCAAGCGAGGAUCAACUCCGAAUACGAAGGAGGGAAACGUUAUACGGUCAAAUGGGACUUUCCCAAAAAGAUGAAAGAUGAUAGUGGGAAUGAUGAUAAGUUGGCUAUUGCCUGUCCGGAUUUGGAUUGUCAUAUUGAUAACUGUGAUGAUAAAGCCACUUGGGAUUUUUAA